AUGGAUAAAAAAUUAAUGGCUCCACCGAAAAUAUCGAGAGUACGACAUUCCGUGCUCCCAUCAACAUCGAAGGAGACACCGAAGGUCGCUGAGAAGCAAAAGGCGCGUCGUAAAAUGAACGCGACGCUGAUUGACUUUGACCAGACUAAAUCGGAGCCGCCCGUAACUGAUGCAUAUGCUCGUCUUGCGGCUCACCAGAAGGGGCUACGGGCGGUUCUAGCUGAUUGUCUUCUAGAUUCUAAAAUAAAGAAGGAAGAGACUGAAGUGGAUAUCCAAUUAGGUCAACUAGCGGAUAGAUUCAGUAAAGCUGUAGAUCAACUAGACAAGACUAACAGACGUCUAAAGGAUAUCAAAUUUACCGUCGAACAGAAGAGACUUCUUGAUCUAAAGAGUGUCGACUGUUCCAAAUUCUAUGAAACUACAGAUGCAGCUGGCACUGAUGAAAUCCUCCGAAACUUGGCAAGAUCUGAACAAGCUUACCUCGAUAAACUAGUGACAAAGAAUAUAGACUUUGGGUACAACAAGGAGUCUGGGCACAAACAGCUUUUAGAUGCUGUGAAUGAUGCGAUCAAAGGCUUUGAAGAGAUCAAACUGCAUUCUCACCUUGAUACGGAUAAAUUAAAGCAAUUUGAGAAAUUACACGAGACCCAACAGUCGUUGGAAGGGAAGUGUACAGACAUUGAUAGUUACAAAGUGUUGUUUGAGAAGACAUUUCCAAAUACUUGUGAUGAAUUGUUACAGCAGGUAACAAUUCUUGUUCUAGGAUCCGAGUUAUCUCGACAACUAGACUUGUGGUUGUCCAAGGCUGAUCUCACACAUGGACCAGCUAGGGCAAUCAUUGCGCCACAUGCUGGCUAUUCCUAUUGCGGCGCAUGCGCAGCGUUCGCCUAUAGACAAGUCAGUCCUGUCGUUGUUAAAAGAAUCUUCAUUUUGGGACCGUCCCAUCACGUCCGUUUGGCGGGCUGUGCGCUCUCUUCAUUGGAUAAAUAUGCAACUCCAUUGUAUGAUCUCACAAUUGACAAGCAAAUUUACGCCGAAUUAGAGGCAACAAGGCAGUUUCAAAGAAUGAACGUGACCACAGACGAGGACGAACACUCCAUCGAAAUGCAUUUACCCUACAUUGCCAAAGUUAUGGAGGAAUACAAGACCAGCUUUACCAUAAUACCGAUUCUGGUUGGGACUCUCACACCCGAAAAGGAAGCUAAGUACGGUGCGAUCCUCGCGCCCUACCUGGCCGAUCCUCAGAACCUAGUGGUGAUCUCCUCCGAUUUCUGCCACUGGGGUUCAAGGUUCCGUUACACGUGGCGCGACAACGCUCGUGGGCACAUACACCAAAGCAUCGAGUGGUUGGACAAACUGGGUAUGGACAUCAUUGAGAAGAUGGACCCAGCGUCGUUCACAGCAUAUCUCAAGAAAUAUAGCAACACUAUAUGCGGAAGACAUCCCAUCGGAGUGCUAUUGCAGGCGCUCGCAAAACUUCAAAGCCAGCCCAGCUGUCCCAAGAUGUCGAUGAAAUUCCUAAAAUAUGCACAAUCGUCCCAAUGCAUGAACAUGCAAGACUCCUCCGUAUCAUACGCUAGCGCUUCACUCGUUUUCGAGUAA